AUGUCGUUUCACACUGCAUCAUGUAAUUCAUCAUUUCACGCUGCGUCAUAUAAUUCAUCAUUUCACACUGCGUCAUCUAUUUCAUCGUUUCACACUGCAUCACGUAAUUCAUCAUUUCACUCUGCAUCACGUAAUUCAUUUCACACUGCGUCAUGUAAUUCAUUGUUUCACACUGCAUCAGUAAUUCAUCCUUUCACACUGUGUCAUAUAAUUCAUCCUUUCACACUGCGUCAUGUAAUACGCCGUUUCACACUGCAUCAUGUAAUUCAUCAUUUCACACUGCAUCACGUAAUUCAUCAUUUCACUCUGCAUCACGUAUUUCAUUUCACACUGCGUCAUUCAUCGUUUCACACUGCAUCAGUAAUUCAUCAUUUCACACUGCGUCAUAUAAUUCAUCGUUUCACACUGCGUCAUCUAAUUCAUAGUUUCACACUGCAUCACGUAAUUCAUCAUUUCACAUCGCGUCACGUAAUUCAUCAUUUCACACUACGUCAUGUAAUUCAUCGUUUCACACUGCAUCAUAAUUCAUCGUUUCACACUGCGUCAUAUAAUUCAUCGUUUCACACUACAUCUAAUUCAUCAUUUCACACUGCAUCACGUAAUUCAUCAUUUCACAUUGCAUCACGUAAUUCAUCGUUUCAUACUGCAUCAUGUAAUCCAUCGUUUCACAGUGCAUCAGUAAUUCAUCGUUUUACACUGCAUCAUAUAAUUCAUUGUUUCACACUACAUCUAAUUCGUUUCACACUGCAUCAUGUAAUUCAUCAUUUCACAUUGCAUCAUGUAAUUCAUCAUUUCACACUACGUCAUGUGAUUCGUUUCGUACUGCAUCAUGUACUUCAUCGUUUCACACUGCGUUAUCUAAUUCAUCAUUUCACAAUGUGUCAUGUAAUUCAUUUGAGGAGUGAUGAUAACUUUCAGAUCUGUUUCCUCCAUUGUCCUCCAUAG